AUGAGCGAAUGUGUGGAUAAAUCCGAUUGUGCAAUAAGUGAAAAUGUCUCCAAUGGCAUUUUCGACAAUCUGCUACAUAUGGUAAAGGAUGAACAAAAUGCAUAUUCUAGGGGACGGUGUAAAAUAGCCUCGCAGUGCGAUGGAUUGUGCGAUCAAAUAUUUGAAAGGUAUCGUGUAUUCCUCAGAAAUACAUACAAUAAACCCCUAAAUCGCAUCACUCACGAAUGGAGUAUCAAGGAUAAGAAGGCGCUGCACUUGGACUGGAUGCAUAAUAUCAGGGACUAUGAAAGCUGGUUUCCUCCUGACCGAGAUGAUUUUAGGUUCCACUUCUAUAGCAAUCUCCCUUUUUCUUUCCAGCAUUUGCUACAUUCUACUCUCCAUUACUCUGCUAGACAUAUAAAACUUCUAUCCAAUAGCACCAGCGAUUGGCUACCAGUACUUACCAUACACAAUAUCAUUAUCAGUGGUAAUGUUAAUACGAGUGUUUGUGCAAAAUCAGUGGCAAAGAUAAUGCUUGUUAGUAUGAAAAAAUGUUGCAAGGAUAACAUCUAUCCAGACGAUCUACAAAUAAGGUGUGAUGGAAUGACAAUCACUAAUAAUGAAGGGAAUGAGAUCAAAUUGGUUGCACCUACAAUUGAAUUUGAUGAUGUUGUAGAAUCAAUCGAUGUUUGUAACUACAGCCGAGAUAUGGAUUCUUAUUUGCUAGCAGUGAAACUGAGAAAUCAGCACGUCGAACUAUACAAUAUAAAAGAAUUCAUCAGGCAAUCCGUGAAAGCUUUACUUAGUACAGAAAAUAUAGCAAAAACUAGUUCCAGUGGACGAGUGAUACAAAUGGCUAGAGAAGAUAGCAGUUGCUGCCACGACUAUCUGCCAAUUAAAUUUAUGUAUUCUUCAGAUGUGGACAAGAAACUGUUUCCAUCACAUGUCGUAGCCAUUGUUACUAAUUUACAAAAUAUCGCAAUAUACCCCAUAAAAAGAAUUUCGGAGACUGAAUUUGAUUUGGAACACUUGCAAAUUAUAACCCUUAAUCCACCUACUAAUCACUACUUCACCGACGUAUCUUCUCCCAUCUGCUUGCACGGCAGCCAACCCAUCCUAUACACAGUAGACACCAGUGCUACACUAAAAUUGUUCCAAAUAUUUGAUAAAAAGGUGAUCAAGUUGGCGAUGUCCCUAACUAUACCCGAGAUUAUUGACAAACAGGCACUUGGUUCCUACUAUAAGUGCUGCCUCAAGGUUGAUGUUAAUUUGAGGUUUCCUAAUCUAGUGGCUGUAGGCGGUACUACGGAAAACAUUUGGAUCUUUGAUAUUGUCAAGGUACUGGGUUCGAAACCUGGAGUGUAUUAUGCUCCUCAAUAUGUAAGUUCUAGUCUAGGGUCUAACCAUAGCACAAAAGUCAAUACUCAUGCCGCUUUCACCAGAACAGCUAAUAAUAAUAAUAACUACAGUAAAGAUUGUGGCAGAGUGGAGAAGGAUGUAUAUCACUGCGUGAUAAAACCAUACCUGCCAUCCCAGGUAUACAUACACUUCGGUCCCUUACACCCAAUAGCCAAACUUAGUUGGAUUAGGGGAGCCGAUGCUCUGCUGGCAGUGCAAUAUGGCAAAUUUAUAAAAUCGCAUAAUGCCCAUGAAAUUGAUCCCGCAAAUAAACACUCGGUUUGGGCUAUAUGGAAUGUGGCCAAGGAUGUACAGAGCCCCGAUGAUGCUAUAAUGAGGAACAAGUACUGGAUUGGCAGGUCGAAUAUUUCUACCAAUAAACCAGUUAAUAAUUCAAGGCUUGUAGCGCUUUAUAAUGGACAUUUUGACUCAGAAAGUGGCGUAUUAGCGACAGAUUUCAAAUGGAGUGGUCAAUUGGGUCUAGUGGCCGCUAGUACUGAUAGUGCCAGGCAAUUGCACAUAGUGAAGCCUGGAGUGUGGUCUUGGGGCGAUUGUGACGACGAAUUUGCCGUGGCAAGACUGGAAGGUGAUGUAAAUUUUUUUAAAAACUCCCUCAAACACAUUCAGGAAUUGAGUAGUAGAUUUUGCGCCGAGGAAUCAACACUAGACAGCACGAAGCAGCGCCGUACAAGAGCUAGAUUCAAUGUACUCGAGAAUGAAGCAGCAAAAGAACUGAAUAGGAUUGCAAAUGGGCUGGAAAAUCCGUUAAAACUCGAAUAUUUGCCCGAGUGGUAUAGGAAACAGGUCACACUGCCCAGUGACAGAGACAAGAUGGUAGAUAAGUUCGUAUAG